AUGUCGUCCUGUGCGUGCCCUAUGACGAGCCCCGUCGGGGCCACCCUGGCCGCGCUGUGCGGCGGUACGCAGUACAUGCUGUUCAUGGGCCUGCUGGAGGUGUUCAUACGGUCGCAGUGCGAUCUGGAAGAUCCUUGCGGGCGCACGAAGGCCAAAACCUCCCGGAACGUGGACUACGAGUACGACUUCAUUGUUGUCGGUGGAGGCUCCGGUGGGUCGGUGAUUGCGUCACGGUUGUCCGAAAUCAAGAGCUGGAAGGUGCUGCUGAUCGAAGCAGGUCCCGAUGAACCGACCGGAGCACAGAUUCCGUCCAUGUUCCUGAACUAUCUCGGCAGCGAUAUCGACUGGCGGUACAACACGGAGCCGGAGCAGUACGGAUGUCUCGGGUCGCCGGAGCAGCGCUGCUACUGGCCCCGAGGCAAAGUGCUCGGUGGCACGUCGGUCCUCAACGGAAUGAUGUACAUCCGCGGUAAUCCGCAGGAUUACGACGACUGGGAGGCGGCCGGCAACCCGGGCUGGAAGUGGAAGGAUGUGCUACCGUACUUCAUGAAGUCGGAAGAUAAUCUGCAGAUCAACGAGGUCGACUCGAAGUACCACUCCACCGGCGGUAUGCUCCCGGUCGGCCGGUUCCCGUACAACCCUCCGUUCUCCUACUCGGUGCUGAAGGCGGGCGAGCAGCUCGGCUUCCAGGUGCAGGACCUGAACGGUGCCAACACGACCGGCUUCAUGAUUGCGCAGAUGACGAACAAGAACGGCAUUCGGUUCAGUGCUGCCCGUGCCUUCCUUCGGCCGGCCGUGAACCGGGCGAACCUGCACAUUCUGCUCAACACGACCGUCACGAAGGUGCUGGUGCACCCGACGUCCAAGACGGCGCACGGCGUCGAGAUCGUCGACGAGGACGGGCACAUGCGGAAGAUCCUGGUCAAGAAGGAGGUCAUCGUGAGCGGCGGUGCGGUCAACUCGCCCCAGAUUCUGCUGCUCAGCGGCAUCGGUCCGAAGGCCCACUUGGAGUCGGUGAGCGUGCGACCGAUCCACGAUCUGCCCGGCGUCGGCAAGAACCUGCACAACCACGUGGCGUACUUCAUCAACUUCUUCCUCAACGACACCAACACGGCACCGCUGAACUGGGCGACGGCGAUGGAGUACCUGCUGUUCCGCGACGGGCUCAUGUCCGGCACCGGCGUGUCCGCCGUGACGGCCAAAAUCAGCUCCAAGUACGCCGAGCGGGCCAACGAUCCGGAUCUGCAGUUCUACUUCGGCGGCUUCCUGGCGGACUGCGCCAAGACGGGCCAGGUUGGCGAGCUGCUCAGCAAUGACUCUCGCUCGGUGCAGGUCUUCCCGGCAGUGCUCCACCCGAAGAGCCGCGGCUACAUCGAGCUGAAAUCGAACGACCCUCUUGAGCAUCCGAAGAUUGUGGUGAACUACCUGAAGGAGGACCACGACAUUAAGGUGCUGGUGGAGGGCAUCAAGUUUGCGGUGCAGCUGUCGGAAACCGAUGCACUGCAGGCGUACGGUAUGGAGCUCGACCGAACGCACGUGAAAGCUUGCCAGAACAUGGAGUUCGGCACACAGGAAUACUGGGAGUGCGCCGUGCGACAGAACACUGGCGCCGAAAACCACCAGGCAGGCUCUUGCAAAAUGGGCCCCACCAGCGACCCGAUGGCCGUGGUGGACCACGAGCUGCGCGUGCACGGAGUGCGAAAUCUCCGAGUCGUCGAUGCGUCCGUCAUGCCGAAGGUCACGUCCGGCAACACGAACGCGCCGGUCAUCAUGAUCGCCGAGAAGGGCGCCCACCUGAUCCGUCGGGCGUGGGGUGCCCGCUAG